AUGUACCGGCGAAACGGGAGCGCACUGGCAAGCUCCUCUGAGGCGGCGCGGCGGUCCGCAUCGCUGCGCGGGACUUUGCACACGAACCGUGGACCGGUUGUCGUCGUCAUGCCGAUGGGCUGGGAUGAUCCAGAGCUCGGGGCAUGCUUACUUUUGUUCAUGCCGAGCGGCGCCGCCCACGCCUUGCGCCAGAGCAAGGCCGUCUCGUUCGGCAGCCCAAUAUCGUCUCCGUACCCUACCGCGCUGAGCCCGCCAGAGCAUCUUCUCAAAACUGUACACAUGAUGACGAUCGCCGAUGCUGACGUCCUCAACCCGGACCUCACAGUAGCCCAGCGACCCGGGAUCUAA